AAAUUGGCGCGGCAGUACAAGUCCAAACCUUGCGCGAUUCUGUUGCAUAUUUGGCGGGUUGCGUUGCAAAAGCUCUAUCUUGUUCUACUGUCUUGUUCGGAGAAGUGCAAAUAAACGUAUUAACACAAAACUGCAUCUGUGAUAUUUAUAGGAGAUUCCCAGGAGUGGGGUACUACACGUGCGAUGACAAACAGACUAAGCGAUUCAGGGGCAAUCGGUUUCGAUGUAUUAACGAAAGACAAUUAUCGAAGUUGGCGAAUGAAAGCCGAAGCUUUGUUGAGAGUAUCUGAUCUUUGGGAUCAUGUCGACGAGGACGAAAAAUCAUCCGCGGUGGGUGAGUCAUGGAUGAAAAAAGAUGGAAUAGCUAAAUCAAAAUUGAUUUUACAUAUAAGCAGCGAGCUGCUUCUGUUGCUCGAAAAUUGCGCAACUGCGCGCGAAGUUUGGUUGAAACUUGAAAAUGUUUAUGAUAAUAGAGAUAAAGACAGCGAAGUUUCAACAGAUGAUUGUGAAGAUAACGAUGAAGAUGUCAUUAUAAAUGCUAUUGAAGAUAGUGCUGAAGACUUUUUCAACAAAAUCAACGAUUUAUCUGGGAAAAAUUUGAUGGAUUAUAAGGAAUUACUGAGCUCUACCUUCACCAAUGGUUUAUUCUCGCGAUUAAAAAAAAAUAAUGCUGGAAAUUCGCGGGAUAAAGAAAAGAUCGUAAACACUGUCAAUGAUUUUAUCGCUGUCAUUGGUAAAUUAUCCAAUAUUGAAAUAAAGAAACAACAGAAUGAAUUGGUCUCCAAGCUUAUUGAUACUUUACUUGUGAUAUUUGAUAUUGAGCCACAUAAAAAUCAUAACGAUGAAGCAAAAAGUGAUGCUGACGCAGCGGAAAUACCAUAUGAUAACAUGAACGGUGACAAGAAGAUAAAAAAAGAUGGAAUGAUGGGUCAAGAGAUUUCGUCACAGGCCUCUGAUAAUACGAAUACCGAGUUAUUCGGAGACGAUAAGACAGAUAAUGAAACAGAGGCUGAGGCGGAGACUGAGACAAGAAAUGUAUUGGAAAAAUUGGCUGAUAUCUGGAGGAAAAUGUUGCAAUCCAAAGAGCAGGUCGAUCAUGAGGAAUUUCCGUGCGAGUUGGAAAACAGAGAUUCGAUACGCUCAGUCAUGGAUUCUCAUACUCCACCGCCUACACCGAGUCUUGAAAAAACGCGCGAAUGUGAAGUGUGUCGCGAAGAAGGGCACAACAGAACGACCUGUCCAAUGAAUAAACCGGCUGCAUCCGAAUCGAUAAUUCAACCUUCCAAAGUCACCGAAAGUCCCAAGAGAUCAUAUAAGUGCGGAGUGUGUCGCGAAGAAGGGCACAACAGAACGACCUGUCCAAUGAAUAAACCGGCUGCAUCCGAAUCGAUAAUUCAACCUUCCAAAGUCACCGAAAGUCCCAAGAGAUCAUAUAAGUGCGGAGUGUGUCGCGAAGAAGGGCACAACAGAACGACCUGUCCAAUGAAUAAACCGGCUGCAUCCGAAUCGAUAAUUCAACCUUCCAAAGUCACCGAAAGUCCCAAGAGAUCAUAUAAGUGCGGAGUGUGUCGCGAAGAAGGGCACAACAGAACGACCUGUCCAAUGAAUAAACCGGCUGCAUCCGAAUCGAUAAUUCAACCUUCCAAAGUCACCGAAAGUCCCAAGAGAUCAUAUAAGUGCGGAGUGUGUCGCGAAGAAGGGCACAACAGAACGACCUGUCCAAUGAAUAAACCGGCUGCAUCCGAAUCGAUAAUUCAACCUUCCAAAGUCACCGAAAGUCCCAAGAGAUCAUAUAAGUGCGGAGUAUGUCGCGAAGAAGGGCACAACAGAACGACCUGUCCACUGAAUAAAUCAACUGCGUCCCAGUCGGUAAUUCAAGCUUUUAGAGCCACCGAAAGUCCCAAGAGAUCAUAUCAGUGCGGAGUAUGUGGCAACGAAGGACACAACAGUACGACCUGUCCAAUGAAUAAAUCAACUGCAUCCCAGUCGGUAAUUCAAGCUUUCAGAGCCACCGAAAGUCCCAAGAGAUCAUAUAAGUGCGGAAUAUGUCGCGAAGAAGGACACAACAGAACGACCUGUCCAAUGAAUGGAUCAUCCAAACCUGCUGCAUCCAGCACUUCUGCGAGAUCUUACGGAUCGGAACUAUUUGGAGGAGAAGAACACAACAGAUCAACACGCUCGCACGAUUCUGUGACAUACAGGGCUUCAACGAGAGCCACUCCUCGAUGCAGUACCUGUGGCGGUGAAGGUCACAACAGUAGAACUUGCGGCCGUCGCAGUACUUCGUCAUCGUCCUAUAACUACAUGUUCACACCAUCUCCUCCGAUGUCAUACUCUGGGGGUGGUCGCAGUUAUACGUGCGGAAAUUGCGGUGGUUCAGGACACAAUCGGAGAACAUGCCCAUACUAAUUUGCAUCACAAAGUGUCGACGUAUUUCUCAACAUUACUACAAAUAUGAAACGUGAACGAAAACGUCGACUUGUGCCUUCCAUAUUUUUCGUGAUUAUUACUUAUGUAUAACAUUUUCCGAAACAUCAAAUAAAACUAUGCCUUUGUUUUCGGUCAAGCGUA